AUGGCAGCCAAUAGUGUCCUAGUCAACGAUGUGCCUAUGCAAGGCAAGGGCUUCUAUAGUUCGCAUUCGGAGCUCCAACAUGCAGCCAUGCUUGAGACGCUUCCGUUACUCCGGCGAGCCACAGCCGAGAUAACGGUUGAUCCGAAUCAGAGCGGCCGCCUGACAGUGGCCGAAUACGGCUCUGCACAUGGUAACAACUCCUUCGAGCCCUGCUCUGCUAUUGUGCAGUCUAGCCCUCUUCCUGAGGACAGCCAAGUCUUGCUGGUCUUCAGCGACCGUCCUGAAAAUGAUUUUGUUGCCUUGUCCUCCAACAUUGCAGCCUUCGAGACCAGCCAGGAUAACCAGCGGCUCUUCACGGCAAUGGUACCCAAGUCGUUUUACCAGCAGAUUGCUCCAUCGGCUUCCGUCAACAUUGGUUUCUCGCUAGCCUGUCUCCAUCACCUGGAGCAUGUGCCGCCCCUGGCCGCAGGGGAAUCCCCUGUUGAUGCGUCUCGUAUCUCGGUCCUCCGCCAACAAUCACACACUGACCUCGAAAGCUUUCUCAAUCAUCGAGCUGCUGAGAUUGUGCCUGGCGGUGCCCUUAUCCUGUCGUUCGUGGCUCAGGCCUCUACGGGAGAAGAAAACUAUGCCGGGCUGGUGGAUGCUUGCCGUCGGGCGCUGAUCGAGAUGCUCCAGGGCGGGUUAAUCCCGACGGCCGCUGCUACGGCUUUUGAGGUGCCCACAUAUAACCGCACUCUGCAAGAUCUGGAGGAACUGAGAACGAAUGGAGUGCCCGGAAAGUGGGUAGUCGAGGAGAUCUUUGAGAAGCGCGUGGUUCAUCCGGCUGGGGCCGAACUGCGGGCGCGGCACCAAAAGAGCAGCGACAACAAGCAGCGUGAGUCAGACAGUGAGUGGUAUGCAAAGACAGUGACUGAUUGGUUGAUGGCGGUUGUGUCGGGUUACUUUCUCAAGGCUUUGCGGGUUGGGCUUGGCGACGCAUAUACGGAACAAGAAGGAAACACGCUGCUGGAUGAGUGGGUGCAGAGAACAAAGAACGAGUUCCUUGCACACCACAAGGAUGAGGAUGUCAACUGCUGGUUCAUCUACAUCCACCUGAAGCGGUUGUAAGCGUGCGACUAAACGCAAGGCGAGUAAUGUACUUGCUUACGAGUAUAGACAAGAAGCACCAAGAUAGUUUUACGUAUUACAUAGUAGUAUGUAUUACCAAAUAUAUGCAGUAGUGCGAGCACGAGU